AUGCAGAAAUCCAAAGCAGUGAGCAAGAAACAGAGGAAGGCACCACAAAGUAAAGGAUGCAAUAGGGGAUUGUGUUGUACCUGUCGGCUGAGUGUCUCGUCUUCAGAAGAAGCCGAGAGUAGCCUCAACAGCAGCAGCAGUAGUUCGGAGAGAUAUCCAUCGAUUUCUAGCAUUGCUCAUGCCAUGGUUCAGGAGAGACUCGAUCAGAUGAUCAGGGAGAGGCAGGAGGCCAGACAUGAGGAGAGGGUCAGACGUCGGGGGGCGAGGUCAAGACGGGUGGAGGAGACCAAGUUUGUGGUGAUGGUAGCUAUGGAGAAGUCGACCUAUGAUGCUCGGGAGGAUUUCAGGGAGUCUAUGAUGCAGAUGAUAGUGGCAAACAGGAUUUAUGAGGUGAGGGAUUUGAGACGGCUGCUGAACUACUAUGUCACGAUGAAUGGAGAGGAGUUUCUGGGGAUUAUACUUGAGGCAUUUUAUGAUGUUUGCACUGAUUUGUUUCUACAUUGUAAAAGAUAUUGA